UCGGCCGCGCCUAUUCACGGCUUCAUCAAAGUCUGCAAUUAGUGAUACAUAAUGCAUUUUCACUCUCAGUCUCCUUCAACCAGCUAAGCUCUCUUCUCUUCCCUUCUCUUUCUUCUCUUCCAUCAUCGUCUUCGACCUAGUGGAGGAGGAGCAGUUCUGGAGAAACGCAACAUAGAUCUUUGCAUUCCAAUCCAAACAUGAAACCCCCUAUCAGUGGCGAUUUGUUCAGAACGCCCUCUUUCCUUAAGAUCGCUGCUUUCUUCUUCGUUACCGCCACUUUCUUUUUCUUGGGUAAGCACUGGUCCCAAGGCUCCCAGCAACUCGUCUUCUUCACCACUGCGAGUCAGCAGCCUACUACGGUUGUUACGUCCCCGAAUUACAACAAAUUCUUCAAUAUCUCUGCCCUCAUUGCUCAGAAUGAGACCCAAUCACAGCCGGAGAAAACCCUAGCAGCGGUGCCCCUCGUCCCACCCCAAGCUCCCCCUCCACCGGCACCACCACCUCCACCGGCUUCGAUUCGGACAUUCGGGAUCCUCAACGAGAAUGGCACAAUGUCUGAUGAAUUCGACGUUGGGGAUUUCGAUCCGGAACUGGUCGAUAAUUGGGUCAAUGAGACUCAAGUUGAGACGCAGGAGAAUUCUGCGUCUGCUCCCCAAUUCACAAUAAAGAAGUUUGGUUUAUGCCCGCGGACCAUGAGUGAGUAUAUACCUUGUUUAGAUAAUAGAGAGGCAAUUCAGAAGCUGAAGUCGACGGAAAGGGGUGAAAGGUUCGAGAGGCAUUGUCCUGAGAAAGAUCGAUCUUUGAAUUGCUUGGUUCCGGCGCCUAAAGGGUAUCGUAGUCCAAUUCCAUGGCCGAGAAGUCGAGAUGAGGUAUGGUACAGUAAUGUUCCACACACUCGUCUCGUGGAGGACAAAGGGGGUCAAAAUUGGAUUUCCAGAGACAAAGAUAAGUUUAAGUUUCCAGGAGGUGGUACACAAUUCAUUCACGGGGCAGAUGAAUACUUGAAUCAUAUUUCUAGGAUUAUUCCUGAAGUCGCAUUUGGUCAGAAUACAAGAGUUGUUCUCGAUGUUGGCUGUGGUGUAGCCAGUUUUGGUGCGUACUUAUUAUCACGAGAUGUACUCACUAUGUCUAUUGCUCCCAAAGACGUUCAUGAGAAUCAGAUCCAAUUUGCUCUUGAGCGCCAUGUACCUGCAAUGGUGGCAGCAUUUGCAACUAGACGUUUAUUAUAUCCCAGUCAAGCUUUUGACUUGAUACAUUGUUCUCGCUGUAGAAUCAAUUGGACUCGAGAUGAUGGGAUGUGGCUACUUGAAGUUAAUAGGAUGUUAAGGGCAGGAGGGUACUUUGUCUGGGCAGCCCAGCCAGUUUACAAGCAUGAGGAAAUUUUGGAAGAACAAUGGGAAGAGAUGCUCAAUCUUACAACUCGUCUCUGCUGGAAGUUUUUGAAAAAAGAUGGAUAUAUUGCGGUAUGGCAGAAACCUUCUGACAACACUUGCUAUCUAACCCGUGAGACAGGAACUAGUCCUCCACUAUGUGAUCCAAGUGAUGACCCAGACAAUGUUUGGUAUGUUAAUCUUAAAGCAUGCAUCUCUCGAUUGCCUGAAAAUGGAUAUGAAGCAAAUGUUACAAGGUGGCCUGCACGCUUGCAAGCUCCACCUAGUAGGCUUCAAAGUAUAAAAUUUGAUGCCUUCAUAUCCAGAAAAGAGCUUUUUCUGGCAGAGACAAAAUACUGGAAUGAUAUAAUAGGAGGCUAUGUUCGUGCAUUACACUGGAAGAAGAUGAGAUUAAGAAAUGUGAUGGACAUGAAAGCUGGUUUUGGAGGAUUUGCAGCUGCGUUAAUUGAUCAGAAUUUUGACAGCUGGGUUAUGAAUGUCGUCCCUGUUAGUGGCCCAAACACCUUGCCUGUAAUAUAUGACCGUGGGUUGAUUGGAGUUAUGCAUGACUGGUGUGAACCAUUUGACACGUAUCCCAGAACCUAUGAUUUACUGCAUGCAGCAAACCUGCUUUCUAUUGAGAGAAAAAGAUGCAAUAUUUCAUCAAUUAUGCUUGAGAUGGAUCGGAUCCUGAGACCUGGAGGGCGGGUAUAUAUCCGUGAUUCCCUGGCCAUCAUGGAUGAACUUCAAGAGAUUGCUAAGGCAAUAGGCUGGCAUGUGACAUUGCGAGAUACAGCCGAGGGACCUCAUGCAAGUUAUAGGGUCUUGGUUGGUGAUAAGCGCUUGCUUUGGGCUUGAAUCCGUGAUGUGUAUGAAACAUACUGGUUUUUUCCUUUGAUCUUUGCAAUGGGAACGAUCUGCAGAACCACACUCAUUUGAGAAGCACGGAAACAUUGCUGCAAGUAGUCUCUUCUCUUCCUUACAAGCUUCUGGGAGUGAAAGUAUGCCAGGAGCAUUUCUUUAUUUGACACUCGACGUCUGAUACCAAUAUAGCUGGAUAGAUUAGAAUGCAUCAUCUAACUUAAUUGUAAAAUUCAACUUGUUUUUUUGUGCAGAGGUUUCACAUUAGCAUUUGUUAUUUUGUUUGUUGAUGUUAUUGCAAACAUUGCAAUUCCUCAUGUAUUCUCUCCCCAAUUUUUCAAUGUCAGGUUACGUGUUUCUGAA